AUGGGCGUCACCGGCACAGUCAAGUACAUUUUUCACCUCCCCACCCGCACCAAACACCUCGCCCGCUCACCGUCCUCCUCCUCUACGCCCCGGAAAGAGAAAGCCCCCGAAUACAUCAAAAGCUCCUCGAUUCAAGUGACGUUGACGACCCCCGACAAUGUCGACCAUCCCCGGACUCGCCAUGGAGCGGUGAGCUUCCAGGAGCUGCAGCCUUCUCCCCACAGCCGCCACUACCGCCAGACUAGCUGCAACCCGAGCAGUAGCGGCACUAGUGGCCGGGGCAGCAGUAGCAGCAAGGGCAAGGUAGCGAUGACGACAGCGGCCAAGAAAGGGCGCCCUGCAGCGGUGCGGGCUGUCGGUUGGGCGAAUAUCGUUGGUGAUAGGCCGCGUUGGACGGAGGAGCAGGAGCGCGAGUUGGAAAUUGCGGAGGUUGAACUGCGGAGAUGUCAGAAGGCGUGGAGUUCCGAACAGGAGGUUUGGUUGGCUCGUAUUGAAUCCCUAAACGAGGAAAAAGAAGCUCACGAGGAAUUUCUCCACAAUCGUGCCAGACAAUCAGAUGACGAGCAGCAAAUCUUCCGCAAGGUAUGGAAUCAACGCAAGUCAUGCGACGAUCCGCUGCAACGACAGCCGUCGCAGCGGUUUCGCCGACUGCGACGCUCGCAGGAUGGAGACGACGAGGAGGAGGAUCCCAUGGCGCUGGCGAAAUGGGGUGGGGCUGGUGGGUUGAAGCGGUUUAGGAGGACGUGGUAA